AUGGUCAAGGGGAGAUCUUUGCCGAGCUGGGCCAGCCCAGCGACGGCUGGGGGUUCGCUUCACACGAAGCCGAACUCAGCUGGCGGAAGGAUCGCCGACAUGACGAUGGAAGCGGUCGCAACCAUUCGGUUUGGCGACGACCGCACCCAAGACCGAGGAAGAGAUGGAAAUAUCGGAGAUUAUGAUGAAGAAUUGAAGAAAGCCGAGUUGCUCAGCGGGGUAGCUGAGUUCUCGCUGCAUGUUGGGCGCAUGGAGAAACCUCGACGAGACCAACAAAACCUCGCAGCCGAGCUCGGUGACGAUGCGGACGACGACAGUCAAGCCGUCGCUCCAGGGGACCGUCCGCCCCUGAUACAACAAGCGACGAGGGCAUCCAGCGCGAAAUGCCCGAGUUGGGAUUCGAUGCCGAACGUCUCCCACCAGGCUGGUGGAAUCCGCAUCUCGGAUCGAAGCCUCAGCCGAGUUGCCGAGCUGCCCAGCUGGUCUGACGACAUCCCAGUGAAGAAGCUGAGGGAGAUGAUGGUGCGUCUGCACAGAUUGAGCGAGUCAGCCGUCGAUGCCGAAGCUGUGUUGACUCGUCACUGGGUCCGUGAACACGCUACCCACUGGGGCACUGUGUGUGAUAUCCGGCGGUACGAUCGACACCCUUGGGUACGACCGCCGGGACCUCCGACCAAGUCGGUGAACGAUCUUCCCGUUGUGCGCUCAAGCUGA